AUGUCUUGUGGCUUUCAGCCAGAGUGCAAAAAAGUCAGACCAAAACCUUGUUGCUUUUCUUCCGCUGGGUGCGAAUAUAGAGCAAGAAAAGAAAAACCUUGCAAUCCUCCCUGCUAUCCGAAUCGACGUACAAAGAUGAAUUCAUGCCAGUCGUGUCCGAAGAUACCAGCGUGCUGUAACAGUUGCUGUCCAGGAUCUUGUUGCUCCUGUUGCCCAUCCUGUUGCCAGACUUGCGGCCAGUCUUGCUGCCAAUCUUGUUGUCAGCCACCAUGUUGUCCGCCUCCCUGUUGUCCACCCCCCUGCUGUCCUCCUACCUGCUGUCCUCAACAAAAAUGUCUACCACGUCCUCCCCCACGACCUCCAUGUCCUCAGCAACAAACUUGCCCACAACAGACAUGUCCUCCACCAUGUCCACCACCCUGUCCACCACCCUGCCCACCUCCCCCUAAGCCAUACUGUCCUCCACCCUGUCCACCACCACAACAACAAUCAUGCUGCCCUCCUCCUCCACCACCAUGCUUUCCUCCACCACCAUCUUGCUGUCCCCCACCACCAUCUUGCUGUCCACCACCGCCAUGCUGUGGAUCUUGCUGUUGUUCGUGUUGUCAGCCUUGUUGCGCUCCUUGCUGCCCAUCACCACCAUGCUGCAGCGUUCCUUGCUGCCCUAACCCCUGCAACUCUUCUCCAUGUUGUUCCAGCUGCUGUCCACCCUGCGUUUCUUGUUGUCCAUGCAGCAAUGUUAAAAUAGCUGAAGUUCAUCCGUGUGGAAAUUAUGUGAAACUCGUCAACCAAUCAUGUACUAAGGAAAUUGUCCUAACAGUUGUCGAAUUAGCAAAAGCAAAAUUAACAAGAAUAAGCAAAAAUAAUAAAUGUAGCGUGGCCCGCUUUAGAAAAUGCAUGUUGUGCUUGCAAAUUCAACGUUUGCAAUCUCAUUAG